AUGGUUCAACCUCUAUUGCCGUCGGAUUGCAGGCCAUUUGAAUCCCACGUGCAACAGCAGACUUUCAUACAGAAGAGGACUGUUCUCAAGGUUUUGGAUAACUCUGGGGGCGAAAAAGGUGAUGUGCAUACAAGCCUUGAAGGGGACGAAAUGGGUGGUCGUGACUACGACAGUGAGGUCAAGUUUGACGACAGUCACUGUUCACUGGUGCUUGUUGAUGAGAAAGGCCAGCCGUUGGGGACUAGUCAUCGGACCAGUCCCAUAUGA